ACAGGGUAAAUCGGGAAGGAGUGGACGUGCCUCUCUUCAGUUCGUGCACGACUCUUGCCUCCGCAGUGCACUGCUGGAUAGCGCUCAGUACAGUCAGUCUGCGCCGGGACGCUUCACGCACGCACCAGUGACCUGCCAAUGCGACGCAUCUCACUCUCAAAAGGUCUCGAACACUAUACCGCAGCGAAGAGCAUGGGGAAUUCACUGCGGACUCAUUGAUAAAGAAUUGCCACUGGAAUUAAAAUGAACAAUUCGUCCUGUAUGUUCCUUUGCAGUAUCCAUUUAGUAUAGUCUAUUUGUUUAUGACACUAUAGGAAACCGAAGCAUGGCGGGUACCUUAUCAUUGGUGAUGUUGUUUGGAGUGGUUGGGGUGUUGGUGGCUUCUAAGACGGAGCGGGCGGUGCAGGUGCCCUGUGACUCAGGCCAGUACACCAAGGGUGGAGAGUGCUGCGAGGUGUGCCCACCUGGAGAGGGGGUGGUGAGGAGGUGUGGUGCCAACCAGACCGUCUGUGCCCAGUGCUUAGACAGUGAGACCUAUUCAGAGACCUACAGCCACACAGACACCUGUAUCCCCUGCACCAUGUGUACAGGUCUGAUGCGCAUGCAGACGCCCUGCACCGACUCCAACAAUGCCAUCUGCGUGUGUGACUACAACUACUACCUGAAUGAGGUGUCUGGGCGCUGUGAGCCCUGCACGGUGUGCCCGGCGGGCCAGGGCGUGUUGGCACACUGCGAGCACAACCACGACACAGUGUGUGAGGACUGUAUAGACGACACCUACUCUGACCGGGACAGCUCCCUGGACCCCUGCCUGCCCUGCACCAUAUGUGAUGAGGGCAUCGAGGUGGAGCUGAGCGCCUGCACCCCCAUCAGCGACUCCCUCUGCCAUAAUCCUCUCCUCCCGUCCUACACGUCUCCCACCUUUCCCCUGGACCCGUCUUCCCCCUCUUUGACAGACAUUUUCCCACCAGACAGCUCCAGCAGCCCCUCCCCGGGGGGAGAGAGCACCACGGCCCAGCCCAGCCCACACUUCAUCAGAACGGGCUUCAACGAGAACCUCAUCCCCAUCUACUGCUCCAUCCUGGCUGCUGUGGUGGUGGGGCUGGUGGCCUACAUCGUCUUCAAAAGGUGGAACAGCUGCAAGCAGAACAAACAGCCGGCUAACAACCACCAAGCCACAGCAGCCAAUCAAACGGUGACGCCGGAGGGGGAGAAGCUGCACAGCGACAGCGGCAUCUCAGUGGACAGCCAGAGUCUGCAGGAGCAGCAGCAUGCAGCCCAGGCCCAGACACAGACACACAGACAGGAACAGAUAGUGGUGAGGGUGGAUGGGGGACCUGACUCACCUCCUCCCCAGGUCUGAGGAAGAAGAGAAGCUGCUGACAGGAAGGAGGAAAAGGAGGAGAGGGGGAAGUGGGGUUGCCAUGGAAACCUUGAUGUGGGAACGGACAUACAGUAUAAGAGUACAGACUGAGUGGGCUUCUUGGAUACAACAAGGAAGUUGACGACAUUAUCACCCCUUUUCACCAAGUGUGGCCACUGGUUUCUGACUGGCCUCUUGUCCCAGUAUGGACCCUUAUUAGACCGACUGGAACAUCAGAGACUGACCCAUUAUCUCUACACAGAACUCAACUCUGCCAGUGUGUCUUUGAACACUAAACCUCUCCCCCAGUACCAACCCUAACACCAACCCAAACCCUAACACCAACCCAAACCCUAACACCAACCCAAACCCUAACACCAACCCUAACACCAACCCUAACACCAACCCUAACCCUAACACCAACCCUCUGCCUCAAGUCACUAAAGUUGCAAUAUCACUACCACCCAUAAUCCAAGAAGCAUCACUGUGUUAGAUAUCCUGGUCUCCGUCUUUUCUGUCAGCUGGUGUUGACCAAUCAUUAUGAAAAGUGUGUUAGUAUAAGUUCACUGCCAACUUCCUUUGACCAUUUGCUAAAAUGAUUAUUCAUCCACCCCCCGGUUCCCCCCUACUCACUCACAUCAUCAAAUGUUUGUGCCUCAGAGGUAGAUAAACUCUAUGUCCCCUCUCUCCCCUUGUCUGUACUCUCUCUCUCUCUCUCUCAGCGUGUAACUAUUUGUCCCUCUUUCCAUCCCUCCAUCUGUACCUAUCCUAUCCUAGUGUGUUCUCAGGGCAAGUCCUGCAGUAGUCUCUCUGUCACACCCCCAGACUGUCUUCUCAGACCUCAGCAGUAGCAGCUUGUUGUAAUCCUCCAUGUGAACCUGUCUGAUAGUAUCCCACUGUUAUCUAUUCAACACAACUCAGUGGGGGAACUGUUAUGCUGCGUUUAGAUGGUACGAGGUAGACGGCGUCCGGAUGUCAUUGUUUUCAAUGAGAGCACGACGGUAAAUGCCGUUGAGGUCACGGUAGACGGGACAUGCCACCAGAGUUAAAAUAUUUAAACUUUUGUUGUCUGUCGUAGCGUUGUUUUCUACCAGAUGUUGAUUUGCACUGUUUGUCUACCGAAAUCACCAUAGCAACACAUACCGUCGUGCUGACUUGCUUUCUUCUUGUAUGACGGUUUCUGUGUCCCUCGUCUAAAUGCAGCAUCAGUCACCCAUUCCAAAAUCUCCUAUCCUUUUUCUUUGCCACAGACAUUCCUAAGGUGUACAGGGACGGACACUUUUGUGUUGUUGUUAUACUGUUGCCUCUGAUUACUGCUCUCCUAUUCUCAUUGGCUGUGGAUCAUUCCAUCAUUCUGUCACCGCAACAUGAUACACCAUCCCUCCUCUGUUUUCUGACACACUUGACUCCUUUCCUCCAUCCAACAUGGACUCCAGGAUUCUGUUGGAAUGAGUCAUGCUUUGAAUGUAACAGAUUCUAGAUGUUUCUCUCGUGUCUGUUUGUGGCACAUCCGCCUCUCUUAGUGGUUUGAGUUACAAGGCCUCCUCAGCAGUGCAGCUCCAUUACCCCAGGAGCUGUGAUAUGCAAUAUGAGGAGCAAUUUUGGACUGUUGAACAUUGCUGACUCAUUGACCUGACGCGUAAUGUGAUGUCCGAGGACACCCCCGGACAGGGCCAAACAGGAAGGAUAUAACCCCACCCACAUUGCCAAACCAUGGAACUGGUGACAUCAUCAGAAAGAGGCUCUGCAGUAUCAGUAUUCGAGGCUGUUCCAUGGUAGCCUGACGAGAGUGGUCUAGAAAUAGUACACAGUUUAUAUACAAACACUGUUAUAGUAGGCUAUACUCAAGACUCCCCUUAAUUAUCCAUUAUAUUGUACUUGCUAAUGAGUGGAGACAUGGGACACUCGUCAGAGACUUCCGUCUCACUGAAAUAAACACAAGCACUUGCACGCACACACUCACGUGCAGAUAUGUGUGUGUGCUAAAGAGUGUGCGGUGGCGCUAAUGUGUCUGCUGCGGUAUGGUAUGGUAGGGGUAUGGGUGUAAACACAGGGGCCAUUAGGGAGACAUUCCUGACAGGCAGGUAUAAUUACCUCAGGGGUUCAGGUUCAUUUAGCUUCACUCAGUCAGCUGGCUCUCAUCUGAAUCCCUCUGUUCUGUACAGCACAGAGACAUACAGAACGCUUUUAAAGUGGCAACAAUGUGACAGUACCAUUACUCACCUCUCAUGUGUCUGAGAGAGCAGUGACAUUUUACUGUAUCACAAUAGUGAUCUGAAGCACUUAUACACCCCCCCCCCAACACUCUCUCAUGAUAAACUGUAUGUAUGUGUUGCCUUGGAUCACUUUUGUAUGUAUCUAUAUUGGCACGCAGCAUACUGAACACGCAGUAGGUAUUAGAUGUUAGCAAUGUAGCUACGCUUACUGUAACUGUACUGCUUUGAAGUCCAGGUUUGAUUCCCAGGGACAUGCGAUUACUCAGGGUCCCUUUGGUGCGGUUUGGUGCUUGAAUUUAGAUGUAGGUAGACAGCAAAGUAGAGAUAUUUGCAGAGAUACUUUUGUGUGUUGUGAGAGAGAGAAAGAUAAUCUGGCAUAGCAAAGAUACAGCAGGGAAGAUGCUUUCAUAGUAGUGAGUUUUGAGGCUUUUGAAUGCAUUUACAUUUUACAUUUAAGUCAUUUAGCAGACGCUCUUAUCCAGAGCGACUUACAAAUUGGUGCAUUCACCUUAUGACAUCCAGUGGAACAACCACUUUACAAUAGUGCAUCUAAAUAUUUUA